UUGUUCGGCAACGUCGCUCGCGGCCAUGUUGUUUGCGUUUUGACAGAUCCGCGCCACACUCCACAAUAAUAACAAUCAAAUAAAAGUCUUAAAAUUUAAAAACAAAAAGUUAUGGCCAACGCUUUCAAAUUUACCCAUGCAAUAGUAUGUCGUUUGCCAGAUUCGUUCCAAAAAAAUGCCAGUGCUACAAGUGGCUUCAACCUAAGUCUGGCUAAAGAGCAACAUGCUGCAUAUGUCAGUACUUUGAGAAGAUUGGGUCUAGAUGUUAUUGAACUUCCUCCCGAUGAAGCCCUACCUGAUUGUGUAUUCGUGGAAGAUACGGCCGUUGUUGUCAACGGAACGGCACUGAUAACAAGGCCGGGAUUACCAAGUCGACAGAAAGAGAGCAUCAUAAUGAAAGCCAUCAUUCAAAAGGAACUUGGUUUACCAACCGUGGAAAUUAGUGAUCAGAAAGCUACUAUCGAUGGUGGAGAUGUUCUCUUUACUGGCAAAGAAUUCUUUGUUGGAAUCUCCGAACGAACGAAUCUCGGUGGCGCCCGAGCAGUGGCAGCGGCUUUUCCAGAGUAUCCUUGCACUCCUGUUAAGAUCAGUGGGGCACUCCAUUUGAAAAACUUGGUAACAAUGGCCGGCCCUGAUAUUAUUUGCGCAAGUAAAACCAAAGAUUCUGAAGAAGUUUUGAAAAGAAUGGAAAGAGAAGCGACAUUCCAGUACCAGAUCCUGCGCGUGCCGGAUCGUGAUGCAGCCAAUUGCCUAUUCAUCAAUGGUACACUAAUUCACCGCACAUCUGACGAAUUCAACGAGUCAACCAAAGUCUUCAACGAACUCGCUUGCGAGACAUUAGAACUAGACAUUUCCGAGAUAGCCAAAAUUCAGACGGCCUUGACAUGCUGUUCCAUCCUUAUUCGGAAACCGAAGCACAUCAAGAGUCUUUAACGAAACACUUCCAAAACCCGGUUUUAAAAAACAGUUUACAUAUUCGUUUUCGCUUGGAAUACCAGCCUUCGCGUCGCAACUGGAACACUGCCCAAAAUAUACCCACCAUUUAUGCGGCCCGCCCUGCACAACAACGCAGAUUAUAUACCACAUUAUAUUAGACUGCAGCUUUAUCUUACGGCGACGCCGUGUGUUCGGAAUAAAAAGAGAUUAUUUUGCUUCUAGAUAGUUAAGUAUCGCUAUCUAUUCAUGAUCCAAAAAAGAAGAAUCUUGUAUGUAGUCAUUUUGGUCAGCAUUCGACCACUUUCCAAAUAGUUCCAUUCCAUUUGUUCUCUUAAUCUUUUUCUAUAUCUGUCUUUGAGUAAUCUCAAAAUAAUAAUAUAUAUUUCUAUUUGCACACUACUUUGAAUAAAACUACUAAUACAACCGAA